AUGGAGCCCCAGAAGGCGGUGGGGGGCUACUUCCGAGACCUGGGCACCCUGGGCGACGGUCAAGGGCGGGACUGCGGCUGGGAGGCGCUGCAGCGCGGCGCGGCGCAGAGGGAGGAGAGGGGAGCGGGGGACGCUGGCGCCGGAGGGGCCCCGGGAGGGCAGCAGGGGCCGCCGGGACCGGUGGCGGCGUCCGGGGCGCUGCCGCAGAACGGCGACAUGGUCGCCAUGAUGGGCCACCCGCGUGGGGGUCUGCCCCAGCCGCCCCACAUCGAGGCCCGCUCGCCUGCGCCCGGCCACGUGGACAUCCCCGAUGUGGUGGCUCACCCGGCCUUCGAGCGCCUGGUGAAUGGCAUCUACACGGGGCGGCUGGUGGGAGAGGACACGGCCAGGAUGGAGGUCAUCAUGGAGAGGCAGGGCGCCACCCUGAGGGAGAUUCGCAACCGCAGGAGGCAGCAUCGGCACGAUCACAACCCGGAGCUGGGAGACAUGCUGAUCCAUUGUUGCGGAUUGGUGGAGGCGCUGAACCAGGAGCUGAUGCUGAUAGCCAAGGACGGCAGCCAUGCGUGCAACAUGUUUGAGAGCCAGAUCCGUGGCAUACUGGCAAGCGAUGAAGGUUUGGCAUCCUGCUCGGUAGCUAAUCCAGGUGACGAGCAGCAACUGCGGAGCACACUGAAGAGAAAGUAUGGGACCCAAAUUCGGCAGCUCCGCGACGAGUUCCAAAGGAAGAAGAAGAAGGGGAAGCUUCCAACUGUUGCCACUGAUAGGCUGAGGGCUUGGUGGACGGAGCACAUGUCAUGGCCAUACCCGUCGGAGGACGACAAAGCAGAGCUGGCCAAGGAUUCAGGCUUGAACACCACUCAAAUCAACAAUUGGUUCAUCAACCAGAGGAAGCGGCACUGGAACAGGGUAUCACAGAGGGAGAAGAGGCCAUCUGCAGAAAUGCCCAUGCAGUACCUCUCUGCCAUGUCGCCCAUCGCGGGGCACCUCGAUCGCGAUAUGGGUCCCGAGCAGAAGAUUCAUGUCGAUCAAGACCAGGGGCCACAGCUGGAGCAGGAGGGAAAGGCUGGCGCCGUUGAUUGGCGAGCUCAUGGAGGGCUGUAG